CAAAAUAUCAUUAAACGAAAAAAUGUUGUAGUUUUAAAUAAUGUAACUAUUCCACAUUUUACUAUUAAAAUGGUUUUGUUAAAUGUGAUCAUUCUAUUUUUAACCUUAGAUGUGAGUUGGUUGUUUCACGAAAGCACGUCUCCUUUACUUUGUUUGUUUAACGAAGAUUUUGAUAAUUAUAGUACGAUGACUUGGAACCCAACAACUCCUGUUUUAUUUUUUAAAUAUUGUGAUUUGACAUAUCAAGUUAUUGAUCGCCAUCAAGAAGAAAUUGAUUUAAAAAAUUGGUUAAUACGGGAUUUUGUUUUUAAAAAAGCAGAAGUAUAUACAAUAUGUUUAAAAUAUCGAAGUUAUUUCAAAGUUAAAGAAAUGUAUCAAACCAAGAGUUAUCAAACUUAAAUUGUUUGUUGUUGUUUUGUUUGUUUUUUUGUAACUUUUUUUUUUUAAUUUUAACUUAAUAUUUAACGCAACGAUCUUUAACUAUA